CAUCAGGCGAACCCAGUCACUCUUGCUCACGAGUAUAUUGUGUCUUAGAAAUUACUUGAUGUUGUAGCUUCGUCCUUGUUCAUCUGAGCUUUCGGGUCAAAGAAAAUCAUAUACUGAAGUACCCAGUGCUCCAGUGACACACUGUUGUUUACUGUUGUUAUUUCCGCCAAGUCAGCAGCUACGUCAAGCUAGGUCAGGUCUGUAGACUGAAGUCAAAUCCAGAAAUACCUUGGCUGGGGACGUCCUACCGACACAACACCAUCUUUGAAACAAGAACUACCUUCCUUCCAAGCAGUCCAGAAUGUUCUUUACAGUGCUGCUUCUUGGCACCCUUACGUACUUCUUGGGUGUUUUUUUAUGGCGAAGGCACCGUCAAAUGUGUAUCUUUAAAGAGAUGGGAAUUCCAGGGCCAAAGCCUAAUUUACUUCUUGGAAAUCUUCUCACCUUCAGAAAGAAGUUGAUCAGUCAAGCGUACAAAGAAUGGGCCGAGCAGUAUGGAGAAACAUUUGGGUAUUUUGAAGGUCCUACACCUGUCCUGGUCACAUCCAACGCCGACCUGCUGAACCAGGUGUUCAUCAAACAGUUCAACAACUUCCAUGCCAGAAAGCUGUGGCCAGUGCAGGCCGACCCAGACCAAGAUGAAGAGAUUCACCUCUUCUUCGCACGGGGUCAGCGCUGGAAGCGCCUACGGUCCGCCGUCAACGCCGGGUUCACAGCCGCCAAACUUAGAAAGAUGCAGAACCAGAUGAGUCUCUGUGCAGACAAGCUUCUGGAAGUUGUAGAUCGAACCAUCGAGGAAAAAGAAGAUUGUCGGGUUGAUUUUAGCAAAUUGUUCCGACAGUUAACUUUUGACAUCAUAGGACGCAGUGCUUUGGGGAUUGACAGCGAUGCUCUCCGGGAUCCACAGUGCGGAUUCAUCAAACAUUGCGAGGAUGUCAUUGAAGACACGACGAAGCAGCCGGUGCUGUACACCCUGGGAUUCUUGUUUCCAAGUCUGAGCAAACUGUGGAUAGCUAUCUACAAGUUCAUGCACCACAUUCAAUUCAAUCCUGUGUACUGGAUAGAGGAUCGCUUGAGAGCCUGGGUGAAAGCUCGUAAAGAAUCAGAAGAGCGUACUGAUGAUCUGCUGCAACAGAUGCUGGACGCACGCUACCCCGUAAACCGCCAUCAAGACCUGGAUACAACCCACCAGCCUCACAUUGACGAGAACGGCAACAUUAGCAAAGGCCCGCUGCUCAGAUCCCUCACAGAAUCAGAGGUGAUCGCACAUUCGUUGCUCUUCCUUCUGGCUGGCUAUGAGACGACCAGCAGCACCCUCUCCUACAUUUUUUACGAACUCGCACUCCACCCGCACGUGCAGGACAGGAUGCGCCAGGAGGUCGUGGACGUUCUCGAAGAUGAUGAAGAACCCACUUAUGACAACAUUCGAAACCUGACCUACAUGGAUAUGGUUAUCUCCGAAACCCUCAGGAAAUAUCCACUUGCUAGCAUUGUGGUGGCCAGACAGUGUCAGGACGCUUGUCAGAUUGAGGGCAUCAAUAUCCCAAGCGGUAUGCUUGUCCAGGCCAACUUGUGGACACUACACCAAGACCCGAAACACUGGGGUCCUGACUCAGACUCUUUUGAUCCCCUCAGGUUUACUUUGGAGAAGAAAGCUGAGAGACAUUCUAUGGCUUUUAUGCCCUUUGGAGCCGGGCCGCGGAUGUGCAUUGGGCAGCGUUUUUCUAUCGUGCAGAUGAAAAUAACGAUGGCCAAACUUCUCCGCCGAUACAAGAUCGAGCGGACCUCUGACCUUCAAGUUCCUCUGAAGCUGAAAGAGGGCGCGGCGAUUCUUCCUAUCCACAACAUUGCCCUUCGAACGGAGCGGAUUUCCUGAGUGGUUAUCGGUCAUCAUCGCACGACAGAAGCCAAACAUGCCAUUCACUGACUGUUCCAUGAUGCAGACGGUAGAAAAUGUUGGUACAGUGGUGUUCUUAUGUGAGAACUGCAAGUGUGCAGAAACCGUCGGCCAUAGGGUGGCCUCACACUGUAUGACUAAGUCGAAGCAUGGGAGUCCAGAUUUAUGCAUUUCAAGCUAAAGAUCUGAACUUGCGAGGAGGUUGAAACUAGACAAUGCAAUGUUAUUUAUAAUCCUGUGUUCUAGUCCUGUUUUGUGAAAAGAUGCUCUGUGAGUGCUGAUGCUGGUUUAUUCGUCAGUCACUGCUGGGACAACGACGUGAACAUUGAGAGCUGUUUUCUUUUGUUUCUAGUGAUUACGAAAUGCCCGGUGACCAAACUCAGUCUUUAAAGAGAGAGUUUGCUGAGUUGUUAGUGAUGAGCGAUUGUGCAUCGUAAUUAAAAUAAUAUGCUUGUUGCCAGGUAGCUAUUUUGGUGCUGGUCAAAGAAAAUAUUAUACGCAAAAGCUUUACCAUUGGGAUGCUAAACAUGGUAAUAUUAAUGUUUUGUACAGGAUGAAGGACUAUGUGGGUAAGAUGAGUAUUGUUAUUUAUUAUAUAACCCAACCAUGCGUGUUGUUCAUAUUUGUCUUUAUUCACAGUUACAUGAGGUUUUGUGGAGGGUUAGAGUUACAUUGUGCGAAUGACUGACCUUUAAAGUUGUACUCGCAAAGACAACUAGGGAUGCGUGUCUUGUUUUUGAGUAAAACCACAACAGCUAAGCUAUCAGUGUCGACACUGUACAAGUGUUUUGCUGUCGAGCUAUGUAAUCAGAAUUAAUAGGACAAAGACCUCAUUCUACAGUUGAUACUGUCGAAGCUUGUUGCUACUGACUAACCAAGAUUCUAUCGCCACACCAAGAAUUAUCAUCCAAUCAUCAUGAUAAAAGCAGCAUAAACAUCUACGACUAAAAGCAAGCUCUGUGCAUUCCAUUAUUGCUUGAACAAUUAAUUAUCUUAAUUUAUUAUCUUCCGUCCACUUUUACUCCUGUGUUGUCUGUAUUGGUGAGUGAAAAGGGUACGUGAAUAAAAGGAAAUACUGGUGAUUUGAAAGAAUGUGUAUUGCAAAUAUUUAUUGCUUGUGUACGACUGAGACUAAUAAUGGUUACUUUUGAUAAUGGUCCAAUUGGACACUGUGUGGAUACUUGUUUGACUGGCUUGACGAAUUGGCAAUGUAUUGAUGGUUAUUCAUGUCAUUGCGAAAGGCUCAAUAAACAGCAUUAUUUUCA